CGUUGCUCUUUCGUCCCUUCUAUGUUUUUUUUCACAACAGCAUUCUCACGUUUCUCUCUGCUCCUUUCCGACCACCAUCUUCUUUUCGCUGCCAUCGCCAUUUUUCUUCAACAGCCAGGCAAAUUACAAACCCUUCGGAAAUGGGGGUUCACCGGGAGGGUGAACGGGUAGAGGGUAGACGGUUGAUUUGAGACGAGAGAGGUCUAAACCUUUCUGUUCGAGCGUGUUCCACAGCCUUUUGGGUAGGACUAAAAUCGAUAGGAUCUGUCUCAUUUGACUUCGUUAAUACUGCCUGUUUCAUCCAUGCCAAAUACAGUUUGAAAAUGCUUUUUCUGUUACUGUUCCGGCCAUCCACUUUACCAAACGCUACUUAAGCAAACUUGAUUUUCUAUUAAUACACAGCCACCGGAGUUUUCUACCAUAACCCUACAUCUCCACCAAUAUCAAUAGUCAAUGUCUUAUUCACGGGUAAACCUUGAAAGUUAUCUAAUUCCACUGGAGGAGAUUAAUCGUGCCACCGGAAACUUCAGUCUUGAAAGAUGUAUUGGAAGCGGUGGAUUUGGUAAGGUCUACAAAGGGAAACUCUCGGAACGCUGGCAAAGCCGCACAGCCGCUAUCAAACGCCUAGAUAGGGAUAGCCGCCAAGGCGAGCACGAGUUCCGCAACGAAGUUGAGAUGAUUUCAAAAUUCCACCAUGAAAACAUCAUCUGCUUCAUUGGUUACUGUGAUGAAAACAACGAGAUGAUUAUUGUUUAUGAAUAUGCUCAGAAUGGAAGCCUUGAUUAUCAUCUCGGAGACCUAAAGAAGAUGCGCCGCAUAACAUGGGCACAACGGCUGAAGAUUUGCAUAGGGGCAGCAAGAGGAAUCAAUUAUCUUCACUCGGGUCUAGGGGAGCACAACCGAGUAAUACACAGGGAUCUCAAGAGUGCUAACAUAUUGUUAGAUGGUGAUUUGGUUGCAAAAAUUUGUGAUUUUGGCUUGUCAAAACUUUGUCCCAGAAAUCAGGCAGAUACCCAACUGUACACAAGGGUUGCGGGUACGCAGUUUUACACGGAUCCCACCUACCAUGAAAGCAACAUCCUAAGUAAAGAAUCGGAUGUAUAUUCAUUUGGCGUGAUACUCUUUGAAAUGCUGAGUGGGAUGCUGGUUUAUUGUACAAGGAAAAUUGGAGAUGAUAGGCCACAACUUCUGAUGAAUUUUGUUCGGCGAUACCAUCUGAAGGAUACUGACAGGUUAAUUGAUCCGGAUAUAAGAGAUCAUAUUAAUAGUCGUUCUUUUGAUAUGUUUAAAGAAAUUGCAUAUCAGUGUAUUACUCUCAAUGUUAUGGAACGCCCUACAAUGGACACGGUUAUUGAGAGGAUUCAGAAAGCAUGGGAUAUUCAAGAGAAUGUGGAUAUCCUUAUUGAUUGUGUUAUGAAAGAUAUGGGAUUCAGUUAUGGCAAACCUCUUGCAGCGUUUACCAUAUACAAAUGGCUUAUCCAUUAUAAAUAUCUUGAAGCUGAAAGAACUACUGUGCUUGAUCGACUUAUUGAGAUUAUUAUUUUGGCAAUUAAGGAUAAAAAUAAUAAUAAUAAUGAGAUGGCUUAUUGGUUAUCAAAUGCAUCUACAUUGUUAUUCUUAAUCCAAAAAACUCUAAAACUUGAUGGUACAAAUUCAGUUUGGAAACCAUCACCUCGAGCUUUGCUAUUGCGAAGAAUCUCAAUGGGCUUUCAUUCAUCCCAGUCUUCUAUCGGCCUUUCCGAGGCUGAGGCUGCACUUAACAUAGUACAACAAGUUGAAGCCAAAUACCCAGCUUUGCUUUUCAAGCAGCAACUAACAGCAUAUGUAGAGAACUUGUACAACAUUAUUUGUGACAACUUGAAGAAGGAACUGGGACCAAUAUUUGCCUUAUGUAUUGAGGCUCUACAAAUGUCCGAGAGAGUGCCAACAUCCGGACAGUCCUUUGGAAAAGAUUCUCAAUUCAGUCGCUGGCGGGGACCAUUACUUGCCUUAUGUAUCAAGGCUCCACAAACGUCCGAAGGAGUGCCAACAUCCGGACAGUCAUUUGAAGAAGAUUCUCAAUUCAGUCACUGGCAAGGCAUUGUUGAUCGUCUCAACACUCUUCUCACCUCAUUGAAAGAAAAUUUUGUGCCUCCGAUAAUCAUUCAGAAGAUAUUUGCUCAAGCUUUCUCAUAUAUCGAUGUGCAUCUCUUUAACAGUAUUCUUUCGCGCCAAGAGUGUUUUAGCUUCAGCAAUGGGGAAUAUGUGAAAGACGGUUUAGCAGCUUUGGAGCUAUGGUGUAGUCAGGCAAAAGAUGAGUAUGCAGGCUCAGCUUGGGAUGAACUUAGGCAUAUUAGACAGGCUAUUAGGUUCUUGACUAUGCAUCAGAAGCACAAGAUGUCGUUUGCUGAAAUCACCAAUGAUCUAUGCCCUAUUCUAAGUAUACAACAGUUGCAUAGAAUAUGCACUAUGUCUUCUGAUGACACACACAACACUCGGAUUGUAUCCCAAGAUGUUACUUCAAGAAUGAAAACACUUAUGGCAGCAGAUUCCAAUGGUACCAAUACCUUUCUGUUAGAUGAAGAUUCCAGAAUGCCUUCCUUUGUUGAUGACCUCUCCACAUCCUUGGAAGUAAAACAUUUUGUAAAUGUUAAACUUGAUGUAGAACACGUCAAUUAUGAAGCCCUCCAUUUUUUGUACAACUAAAGAUCGGAAUAAGAGAUUAUGUUUUCCCAAGGUCUAUAGCGUAGUUUUGCAUGUAUGUAAAGUUACAAGAAAAAUGUAUUACAUGCAUACAUUAAAAGUUACCC